UUCCACAGCAACAGACAACACAGCUGGACUCUGCAUUAAUCGCCUCCAUUAGUUUUGUUGCCAAUUAGUAAAUAGGGUUAACUUUAUGUAUUUUUAACGAUAUUUAACCAAGACUCCUGUGCUUAUCGUAUCUUGAAUUAACAAAAGGGACGGUUAGUUUCCCCUCUGCCACUUUAAUAGAGUUUUCACUUGCGAACAAGAGAGCGUUAACAUUAGCUAGAAACUUUGCGAACUGACGCGAAUGACGACGAAUGCGGCUUUACAACGAUAACUUUUGUUUCAAAAGCGUGUGAUAAUAGACAAAUUCUGUUAUUAGUGAGUGAAUAGUGUUUGGUAUUUGUAUUGGGAGACGUACCUUUCUACCAACUCUGACUGUCUUGGGUUGGUAAUGUCGGCCGGCGGCGUCCCAGGAGGUGUUCUCCAGCAAGUCAACCAGCUGUGGUCCAUGUUGGACGACCUUUGCCAGAGCGACCCAGAAGCUUACCGAAAUUUUGUGGAGAAACAGGUGAUAUCCGGGAUGGAAUACAACGCUCCACCUCAACUCGAUUCGUGUAUACGCAUCGACAUUUUGGAACCACACGGGGACUUGAUGUACAUUAACAUAUGCAGCUGGAAGCGUGUACCAACAUCCCAGGAUCCCAGCAAGCCAUUACCAGUGUAUGCUGGAAGCCUGGAAGCACACACAGAUGAAGGUGCCUACACUGUGCUGGACAUCGCAUUUAAUCCCGAGGUGCUGCAGGAUUGUAAGAAAGACCAGGCCGGGAUGGACCAGAUCUAUAUGUUGGCUCUGAGCUUUGCACAGCAGCAGCAUGGGCUCAAAUUGUCUCAGCAGUAUCAUGUUGUUAGCUAUUGCCCCAAAAACGGCCCGGAGGACUUGCGCCGCCGCCUCGGCUUCCAGCAGCAGCGACCGACCGCGGACAAACAGUCUGAUGCGGCCAUUCAGAGCCCGGAUUCCCUCCUGCAGCAGAUCAACUCUCUGAGGCUAGCCAAAGACGACACGGGGCCGCCGGUUGAUAUCGUCUCUCGGCCCGCCGUUCGCAAGAAGGGCUUGAUCGAGGUAAUCUCCUCCACCACGUACCAGCGGCCCGAGAAACCCGAGUAUCGACUGGAGGUGAAGGCCAGCGCUGAGGGAUUUCCACGCAAGAUGGAGCUGACGGUGGAGCUGCCCAAGAUUAGCUCCAUGUCGGAGUGGCAGCUCAAAAUGUCCAAGGAUGAUGUCUUGCUCGAGGUGGAGGACAUCUACUACUUACUUCUGGACUUCCCAAAAUUCGUAAACGAAAACAGCGCCAUCGCCGUCUUUAACAAGCGCAGUCGAAGGCUUACCGUAACAGCGGAUAUUUUGUGACAUUCUCAGACUGGCAAAGAUUAGCGUAAAGUCAAGAUAAAAAUCCAGAAAUUUCUGACUGAAAAUGAAAUUAAUAAAUGGAGCAAAAGACAGACAGGUUUCUGCAACUUAAAAUGUUAUUCUGUCCCUGUGAGGGCUGAGUCACUGCUGCAAACACGCCUCUCUAUUAAGCAAUUAGCGGGCUUUGUUUGCUAAUGGAGCGUAGGUGUAAUGGCUGCGAGCCGCCGCUACCGGGACCCGCCAUUACCGUCCAUCUCCGGAAUAAUUGACAGCAAAAUGAUGCAUGCGAUAAUGAAUGUUUAUUAAAACAUCGUUU